UGCAGGCAUGUAAACAAACACCUCGACGACGUGUUGGUGACAAGAAAUUGCAUUUAAAAUGUGUGGAAUAUGCUUCGUUUGUGGAUUAUCAAGCUCACUGUGCCAAAUAGAAGAACAGGCAUCUUUGACCCACAACCUUCUCCAUCACCGUGGGCCUGACAGCUGUGGGGACAUGACAUUUUCCAUCACUGAUGAGCUCAGUGCCACCUUCCAUGGCUGUGUUCUUUGGCUCCAAGGUUCAGUGCUUACCCCACAGCCAAUUAUUGACAAGGAAGGAAAUGUUCUACUUUGGAAUGGGGACAUUUUGGCUGGAUAUGAGAUCCCUGGAGAGAAAAGUGACACAAAGUACAUAUCAGAGUACCUAACAGGAAAAGAUGAGGAAGAGAUUAUGUGUUUUUUGAGUGCCAUCAAAGGUCCAUGGUCUUUGAUAUACUACCAGAAAUGCACCAAAAGGUUGUAUUUCGGGCGAGAUGUUUUUGGGAGACACAGCUUGGUCUGGCGGUGGCCCACAGAACAGUCCUGGAUGUUCCUAGUGUCCUCUGUUACUCAGAGAAGUGCAGAAGUAACAGAGGUCCCUGCUUUAGGGUUGUAUUAUGUUGAUUUUUCACAUUCCAAAAUGGAUGUAAAUUUUCAUGUAUCUCUUAUACCCUGGACUCAUGUUGAUGAAAGUAAUCUUGCAGCUUUGCCCUCAACUAUUCACACACAGAGGCAGAAGCUAGUGUCUCCUAUUAGAAAUCGACUGAAUAUAUCCCUUCCUACAGAUGAAGUUUUAGAAACUUUGAGAGCACUACCAACAUCUUUAGAAAAUGACCACAUAGACAUGCUAUACAAUGCCUUAAAGGAUGAUAUUGAUAGACUCCUUGAAGUUUUAAAAACCUCAAUACAACGAAGAGUAGACAUGUGUCCGCAGAAAUGUCAGAGGUGCACAAACACUCAGGAUAAGUGCAGCCACUCAAGAAUCGCUGUUUUGUUCUCAGGUGGAUUAGAUUCUGCAAUGAUUGCCCUUCUCUUAGACUCUUGUUUACCAUCUUCAGAGAGUGUAGAUCUUUUGAAUGUUGCCUUUGAACAGAGGACCCCACAGAGACCAGAGAAGAAGAAGAGCCAGUUGAAUUGUGCUACAAAUGGAAUUGUACCAUCUAAAGAUUAUGAUGUGCCAGACAGACUCUCAGGAAGAAGGUGUUGGCAACAGUUGAUGGAGAUCAGACCAGGGCGAUGUUGGAACUUUGUGGAGAUAGACGUGACUGGAGAGGAGUUGGCCAGGCAGCGAGAAUCAACCAUCUCACACUUGGUGGCGCCCCUGAAUUCAGUACUUGACGAUAGCAUUGGCUGUGCACUUUGGUUUGGGGGUCGCGGUGAGGGAACCCUAGAGGGAUCACCCUACGUUUCUCCGGCCAGGGUGCUGCUGUGUGGCAUGGGGGCAGAUGAACAGCUAGGAGGUUACUCACGGCACAGAGGUCGCUUCUCAGCAGGCAGCUGGCCUGCUCUUUUAGAAGAGAUUGAUAUGGAGAUAUCACGAAUCCACACAAGAAAUCUGGGAAGAGAUAACAGAAUAUUGGCUGAUCAUGGACGUGCGCCGAGAUUCCCAUACUUAGACGAAGAUGUAGUGUCCAUGCUCAACAGCGUCCCUAUCUGGAGAAAAGCCAAUUUGAACAUGCCUCGUGGUGUAGGCGAAAAGAUCCUACUUCGCACUGCUUGUGCACAUCUUGGACUCACCACUGCUGCUGGUCUGCCCAAGAGAGCUAUCCAGUUUGGCUCCCGAAUAGCAAAACUCGAGAACUCUAAGGAAAAAGGGUCCGAUACGUGUAGUAGAUUGGUGGGAAACUAGUUGUUGUGCAGUAUUUAGCUGUAAUUUAUUGUUUCCAGAUUAAUAAUGAUGGAUAUGAUUUAAUUUUGUUUGUUGUUUUAAAGAAUAUCAAUUAUUUUAUCAUAAAGAUUAUAAAGAUUUA